AUGGCAUUAUAUGGGGCUGAACCUUCGUCGGUAACUUCGCCGACUAUCGCUAUACCUUCAUUAAAGUUACAGAGUAGGUCGUUAAAUGCACCGGUUGGUUCUUUUACUAGUAGGCAGUCUAGUACGCUUCUAGGUACGUCUGAUAGAUCUAUAAAACUGGGGAGAGUUGCUGGCUCGGGGCAGUCGGUGCAUACAGUCGGCAAGAGUGUAGAGUCGAGGGUUAUGAUCGAUAUUGAUUCUCCUAAUUUUAGUACUGUGGAACAGAAACAGCAUGAGGAGAUAUUGAACUCGCUAAGGACGUAUUUUCUCAAUAAUUAUAUGAAUGGAAAGGGAAAGUUGUCAUCUACUUCGGUUCAUAGUGUGUCAGGAUUAGCUGUAGAUGACGAGGAAGGGAUUUACGAGGGGGGUAAUUUGGGUAAGGACGGCAGCCUUAUUGAUGAUCCACAGUUGAGUUCUGUGGGUGGCGAUAUAACUAGAGAACUAUACCGGAUAGGGUCUAAAAAUGCUCAGCAUUCUAAGUUAAAGAACAGGUCGUACGAUGACUUGAAUCUUGCAUGGGGUAGUCGUAGGGGGUCAACUGCGAGUGGUUUGAAUGUUCCCGGUGGCUUUAGGCGGGAAUAUAUUAUAAGUAAAUUACGAAAGGACGUUAAUUCCUUAGGGGAUGGAUACAAUUCAAUUGAUCCGGAAUUUGGGCCUGGUGCUCCCAUUGCCAAGGUUCCUUUUUUAACACGGAACUUUUUAGAGUUCUUGUAUAUCGAUGGUCAUUUUGCCGGUGAAUCGUUCGAGGAUGAUUUCGACUUGCCCACAUAUACUAAAACCAUUGACGAGCGGACUCCGCUCUGUUCGAGUGAUACAGAUCGGCCGCAGAUAGCUGUAAAGGUCAAAACAUCGACUUUCAAAGCAUUUCUCCUAAUGACAAAGUCGUUUAUGGGGACUGGAGUUUUACUUUUGCCCAAUGCGUUUAGCAAGGGUGGUUUAUUAUUUUCCGUUGGAAUGUUAUUAUUCUUUAGCCUAUACUCCUAUUGGUGUUAUUACGUCCUAAUAAGGUCCAAAGAGGCGACUAACGUUUCAUCCUUUGGUGAUAUUGGUCAACUGCUAUAUGGGCCGUGGAUGAAGUUCACCAUUUUAUUAUCACUAGUGCUCACACAAGUUGGGUUCUCUGGUGCUUACGCCAUAUUCACUUCCAAAAACCUUAUUGCGUUCAUAGAAAAUGUUUUCCAGUGGCGGGAUAUUCCUAUCAAAUAUAUGCUACUACUGCAACUGGUGAUCUUUAUACCGUUAUCAUUUAUCCGAAAUGUGUCGAAAUUAUCGAUUACUUCGCUAUUAGCGAAUUUUUUUAUUAUUGGGGGUGUUUUUGUUGUACUGUAUUAUGCUGGGUUGCAUUUGGUUAAAGACUUACAACUUCAACCUGAGGAAGGCGUCAUUUAUUUAUUUAACCCUAACCAAUGGUCUUUAUUUAUUGGAACAGCGGUCUUUGCAUACGAAGGAAUUGGGUUGAUCAUUCCAGUUCAAGAUUCCAUGGCACAUCCAGAGAAGUUCCCAAUGGUGCUAGGUUUAGUGAUUUUGACUACCACAAUCUUAUUUCUAUCUAUUGGAACAAUUGGAUACUUAGCAUACGGCAUUCAUAUUGAAAAUGUUAUCUUAUUAAACCUUUCACAAACCGACUUAACCGUAAACUUGAUUCAAUUUUUCUACUCUAUGGCUAUUCUACUAUCAACUCCUUUGCAGCUUUUCCCUGUUAUUGCAAUUAUUGAAAACAAGGUUUUUCCAAAAUUCACCAAAAUCUAUGUUAAACCGCAUGAUUAUUCAACUUAUAACCUCAUUCCAAACACCGGUCGCCUAAGCUGGAGGGUCAAAUGGACAAAGAACCUUAUCAGGUCCAUAAUUGUGUCUACAGUCAUAUUGAUUUCCUAUCUUGGAGCAGAAAACUUCGACUUAUUUGUUUCUAUUGUAGGAUGUUUUGCAUGUGUACCGUUGGUUUACAUGUACCCGCCAAUGUUACACUUACAGAGUUGUAGCAAACCUCGGCAUGCUUUGGAGCAAUCUUGGAAAUCAUUAUCUGCAGUAUACCUUGACUAUCUAUUAAUAGCAUUUGGUGGUCUUGGUAUGCUUUACACAUCUUAUCAGUGUAUUGCUUCUAGUUGA